ACGCGAUUCUGCCCCGGACCCGGGAGGCGCCCGAGGCCGCCGCCGUUUCCGCAGCCUGCGGUUGGGGGGGAAACGAGGCUGUGCCACCGCGGACUCUCACCCUCCGCUUCGGCUUUGCCCCCUCCGGGUCUCCUCGACCUUCCUUCCUGAGAGCCGGAACCCGACCGUGGGGGAAGAAAGACUCGAGAGCAGAUGCUUGAACUGAAAUAACUUUAUUUUGGGGGGUUUGCUUCGCUGACAGACCCCGUAGCGCAGGGCUCCCCUCCCCUUCCUCCCCUCCCCCUCCGCCGCCAGUACCAAUCCCACCCCUCUUUCUCCUCGUUACUUCUCCUCCUUUCUCUCGGUCUCUCUCUCUCUCCUCUCUCUCUCUUUCUCUCUCUCGCCGCCGCCGCCUCCGCGUCCUUCCGUCCGCCGCCGCCCGGGGCGCCGAGCCAGACUAUGGGUCCCAGGUGGGGGCUGAGCGGCGGCAGCAGCGCGGGCGGCCCGGUCACAGUGCGCACUGCAGCGGGGAUGGAGGGGCUCAGUUGGCUGGUGGUUUUCUCUUGACAUGGCUCCUGCCCGUGCUGCGAGCAGCGCCCCCGCCGCCGCCUCCUCUUCUGCCGCCGCCACCGCUCCGCCCGCAGGCUGCGGCUAGAGGGCCCGAACCCCGCCCGAGCGUCGGUCAGUGAGUCCCGGUCUGCGCGGGGACAGGGAGGGCAUUUCCCCGUCACCCGCCCCCGUCCCAGCUGCCUCGGUUCCACCCCUCUGCCCCCUCGGGAAACCAACUAAUGACCCCACCCUAAACUAGCCAAACUCGGGAAACAUGGUCUGUUCAACGUGAGAGAGAGCGAGCGAGCUUAAUCCGGAAUCCGGGAACUUCAGGGCCUUUUUUUUUUUUUUUUCUUCCGGGGGGGGGGGGGGCUGGGCGUACUUUAAAAAGUAAUUCAUAUUAACACAACUAUUUUCUUUUUUUCCCACUGAUCCAUCCCAUUUUCCCUCUCCCGCCUCCUCUACCCGGGCGGGAAUUGUUUCCACGAUGAAAUGAGUGAAAACCCGAGUGAUCCUGUGUCUCCCGUGGUGCGAGUGAGUCGCUGCCGCUGAAGGCAAAGGGUGGGGGUGGGACCUGGGGGGUGGAAGGCAGGUGGUCCCUGGGCGCUGCCUGGGAUCUGUCUGGGAGAAGAGCCCACCGCCUUUGCCUCAGCAAUGCUCGCAAGAAGAUAAGUCGCACUCCCCACGAUCUUGAACGGGGCCAGAUUCCUAGGGAAGGCUCCCUUGGGGAAUGUAGGACUCAUCGCAGGGCUGGGGGUGUUGGGAUCCCGGGCAUUAAUCAGGUCCAGCCACAGAGCCGGAAUAACUGUUCUAUCGUGUUAUAUACCCCCUUUCUCUCUGCCAUCAUGAUUUUCCAUGGCAGCAGCAUUAGCAGUCGCCUGAGGGUGAAAAUGUGGGUGAUGGGGAAGUUGGUAAUGACUCCGCUGUUUCUUCUCAUGGCUCCUUUGGGCAACACCUGUCCGCCCCCGGUAUACACUGUAGUUGAUUGCAGGGAAAUCCUGUACCUCUCCCCUUCCUUCUCUACCGAUUUUGCACUUUUCUCUUUGCUCACCACCAAGUGUAAUCAAUAACAAGCACUGGCAAUACAUAGCAAUAGUGAAAUCUGGAAUAACUUAAGAAUUGAUUAGGUACUGCAGCCAUGGAUCUGGCUGGGUAAAACCCAAUUGGAUAUUUCGGUUUCCUUCACCUACCCUGUUUUGGUGUUUGGGGGGGGGUUGGGUUUUUCUUCCCCCCCCUUUAUAAUUUUUUUGUUUUGGUAUUUGGAAAGCAGGGAUCAUUACACUCCCCCCCCCCGUUCCUUAUCAUAAUCCCUUCUCUAAAGAGGGGGAAAAAUCCGGAUGGAUUUGAAGGAUUGGACUGGUGUCAGCUGUGUUUUAUUGCACACCUAAAUCCUGAUAAUAGGCUUUUCAUUUCCCCCCAAAGCCUUUAUUUUGGCAUUUAAGCCAAAUGCGUUUUCCAAAAAGUUAGUUCCAAGUAUUUUCUCCUCUCUGUCUUUCCUUCCUCCCCUUCCUCUUUCCCCAUAACCCCAAACGUUAUUGUCCAAACAUGACUGGACAGCAGCUUUUGUUUCUUGACCCUGUAAUAUGACAGUCUGCUAAUAUUGCCAGAAGGUGCAGUUUUUGGGUUACAGUCGUGAUUUUAGCUAUUCAAUCAUAUUAGCAGGAAAAAAAAUGACUUGUUUCUGUUGUACUUGAGUCUUAAGAAAAAGUGCCCAUAGUUUAGUGACAAUUUCCAAAGGCUUUAGUACCACCUGUAUUUCAAAAUGGGGGACCCAAACUCCCGGAAGAAACAAGCUCUGAACAGACUACGUGCUCAGCUUAGAAAGAAAAAAGAAUCUCUAGCUGACCAGUUUGACUUCAAGAUGUAUAUUGCCUUUGUAUUCAAGGAGAAGAAGAAAAAAUCAGCACUUUUUGAAGUGUCUGAGGUUAUACCAGUUAUGACAAAUAAUUACGAAGAAAAUAUCCUGAAAGGUGUGCGAGAUUCUAGCUAUUCCUUGGAAAGUUCCAUAGAGCUUUUACAGAAGGAUGUGGUACAGCUCCAUGCUCCUCGAUACCAGUCUAUGAGAAGGGAUGUAAUUGGCUGUACUCAGGAGAUGGAUUUCAUUCUUUGGCCUCGGAAUGAUAUUGAAAAAAUUGUCUGUCUCCUGUUUUCUAGGUGGAAGGAAUCUGAUGAGCCUUUUAGGCCUGUUCAGGCCAAAUUUGAGUUUCAUCACGGUGACUAUGAAAAACAGUUUCUGCAUGUACUGAGCCGCAAGGACAAGACUGGAAUUGUUGUCAACAAUCCUAACCAGUCAGUGUUUCUCUUCAUUGACAGACAGCACUUGCAGACUCCGAAAAACAAAGCUACAAUCUUCAAGUUAUGCAGCAUCUGCCUCUACCUGCCGCAGGAACAGCUUACGCACUGGGCGGUUGGCACCAUAGAGGACCACCUCCGUCCUUACAUGCCGGAGUAGGGGCCUGACCAGCAGAGCGGAAAGGAUCAGGGAGCGCAGCAGCAUUUUGUUUCCUUGUUUUCUUACACUUUAUUCUUUCAGAGUUUAAAGAAAAUGGACUCAUGCACAGAACACUAUGCAUUUUGAAACGUGUUCAUCCUGGAUUUUUUUUUUUUUAAUUAUUUGUGUCUCAGAACUUAAAAAAAAUUAGGUGUCUUCUGCACGGACUGUGUGAAAGAAGAUGCUUUGCAUAUUUGCUGCACUGCAUCAGCAUUCUGCUAAAAAUGUGAAGUGAAAGGACAGUUGUACACUGAAAUGCUUAAAUGUAUCUGAAAGCACAAGGUGAUACUCUUUUUUGAUGGUCUUUCCAUUUAUGCUGGUUUUUGCCUCUCUGACAUCUGUCAUCAGUAUUUAGAGGGUGAGAAGGGAAUGUAAAAGGUAUACAUAACAUUGAAACAAACGGAAUAGCUUUGCCGUAAUCACCGUCGUUCCAGAGCACUGUCAGAUUCAUUCUAAUGACCACAAGUGGUUGUUUAAAAAAAAAAAAAAAAAAAAAUACAACCACGGGGAAGAAAUCUUUUAAGAAAAAAAAAGCAUCUCAUUGUAGGCAUUCUUGCCUCAUGUUUUACUGGGCCAUGUUUGUUUCCUGGUACUCAUAAGUAAAUGUAUGUAUUUUAUUUCCAGAUCUCUUUCCCCAAGUUGUUGUUAUAAAAGAAUAUUCUGCUGAAUGUGGAUACAGUUCUACACAUUAAAGCAGAUCUGGAGUCUGAAGUAGCUAACGCAGCUGUAAAACUGAGAAAUCCAUGCAUAGCUGCAGAAAUCAUGAUAGGGAGAGGACUUUCCUUUUUUGGUUUUUGUUUUUUGGUUUUAAAGAGAAGAGGUUUUUAUUACAAAGAAAAUGCAGUGAAUUGUGCAGAAAUACUGGUUUCUACACCAUCCUAAAAGAAAACUUUAGGAGGGUUUCUUGGAAUAGAAAAAAGUUACUAAAGUUGGCAUCUUAAAUUGUUAAAAAAAAAAAAAAACAAAACACUGAGUGUCAAAGCUCUAAAAGCAGAACUCAUUUUGUGCAAUGAACAUAAGGAAAGACUACUGUAUAGUUUUUUGUUUUUUGUUUUUUCUUUUUAAUGAAGAAAAGCUUUGCUUAAGGGUUGCAUACUUUUAUGGAGUAAAUCUGAACGAUCCUACUCCUUUGGAGUAAAACUUAGUGCUUACUGGUUUCCAAAUGUAUUUAGCUUCUGGUUGGAAUUUGAAAAAAAUGAAAACCUAAAUAAAAUAGGUGAAAGUUCCCUGACUAUUCAGGUGAAUACACAAAA